GAAAUUUCCAGAAAAAAUUGGGUCCGAUUGUCUAAAUCGUGUAUCGUCUUCUUCAAAACGAACAAUUCGAAACAACCUAAACGCGUAAAUUCCAUUCUUCGCUCUGAGUGAGAAAAAACAGCUUUCUUCGUGUUUCUUUCGUUUUCCAAUAAAGUUACAUUUUUUUUCAAUCACUCGUGAUCUGCAAAAUCGUGUUUGUGAAAUCAAUGACGGAACCCGAAAGGUUAGGAGGAAUCUCCCUGAGUUUCCCGACGAACGAGGAGGACACCCUGACGACGUCAUCGUCUCCAAAGACUCUUCCACGGAGGCUCCGUCGCCGUCUUGUCGAACCGAAAAGCCCCGUAUCCGCUGAAGAGAUUGAUUCCAAACUCAGAGAAGCUGAUCUCCGUCGUCAGCAAUACUAUGAGUCAUUAUCGAGCAAGGCGCGACCUAAGAUGAAAAGCCCGAGAUUGGCUCGUAUGGAGGAGCUUAGUCAAAGACUUGAAUCAAAGCUUAAUGCUGCUGAACAAAAGAGGUUAAGUAUUCUAGAAAAGGAGUUAGCUCGUUUAACAAAGCUAGAUGAAGCAAGACAAGCUGCAAAGAACGGGCUUGAGGAAAGGGUUGUUAAGGAGCGUGUUGAGUUAGAGACAAAAGUUGAAGAAAAGGUUCAAAAGGCAGAGAAGAACAGGAUGCUUCUGUUUAAUGAUAUGGCGCAACGGAGAGCUGCAAAGAGGCAGAGAGCUGCGCAGAGCUUGAUGCAGAGAGCGAUUCAGGAGAAUAGGUAUAAAGAGAGCGUUCGUGCAGCGAUUUAUCAGAAGAGAGCAGCUGCUGAGAGCAAACGGAUGGGGAUUCUUGAAGCGGAAAGGAGAAGAGCGAGCACGAGGCUGACACGGGUUUUCGGAGCUGCUAGCUCUGUGCAGAGUCGAAAGGAAGCUGAGAGAAGGAAGAUGAAGGACCGUUUAGAAGAGCGGCUUCAAAGGGCCAAGAAACUAAAAGCACAGUAUCUGAGGAGAUGGAGAGGCAUGGAUAGCUCUGCACAUCAGAGAUUAGAAGCAAUGAAGAAGAAUCAAGAACAUCUUGUGAGGAUGUUAGAAAGAUGUUGGAGGAGAUUUGUAAAGAACAAGAAAUCUACUUUUGUCUUGGUUAGAGCCUAUCGCGGGCUGGGGAUCGACGAAAAGUCCAUCGAGUCAGUGCCGUUUGAGCAGCUCGCCAUUCAAAUGAACUCCGUUGCUGUAAUUCGAACAGUGAAAGAGUUUCUUGACCGCUUGGAGAUCAGACUUUCCCUUUCUCAGGGAUCCACUGUGGAGAAUAUCAAUCAUCUUCUUAAGCAUAUCGUUCCCCAAGCUCGAAGAGAAAACUCACCUAGUUCCAAGAAGAUGGAAUAUCAAAAGCUCAAAAAGAUUGCGAGAUACCCAGCUAGGAUCUUUCUUUGUGCCUACAUGAUCAAGCAACAUCCAGAUGCAAUCUUUAGAGGAAGAGGUGAACAUGAGAUUGCGUUAGCGGAAUCUGCAGCGUAUCUUAUCCGGGAGUUUGAAUUGUUGGUGAAGAUUAUAUUGGAAGGAGCAGAGUUUACACUCCAGGACAAUGCAUCUCUGUUACCUCCACGUCCAAGAAAGUUCAGAUCUCAACUAGAAGCAUUUGAUAAAGCUUGGUGCUCUUAUCUCAAAGGAUUUGUAGUUUGGAAGACUAACGAUGCUAAGCUUUUAGAAAACGAGUUAGCUGAAACUCAAGAGCCAGAGCUGUCUGAGGCGAAACACACUUCGUCUCCCAAAGUAAUAGACGGUGGCAUCAGUCAGAAGCUGAUGAAGGUAUCGUCUCCAACUAUAUUCACUGAAACUCAUGGAGCAGGAGAAUCUAAAGCUUCUGUAGAUUCGCUUCGUCCAUCUUCAUCUUCUCCAGGAUCAUCGAAUUUUUCUCCGUCUUUAAAGUCUGGAGGAAGCGAGGUCAUUUCUCCUCCAAACGUGGCAGGUCAUAGCUUGGAUACGACAUUGGCGAGUGAGAAUGAAGUAAUCGUAAAUGAAAUUGUCCAUGACAGUACCAGUAGCUUUGCUGAUAGCUUCGACGCUAACAGUGGGGAUACACACAACCUUCAGGUGAAGGUUAAGGAGACAAUGGAAAAAGCUUUUUGGGAUGGAAUCAUGGAAUCAAUGAAACAGUCGCAGCCAGACUUUAGCUGGGUUCUUAAACUCAUGAACGAAGUCAGAGAUGAACUCUGUGAGAUAUCUCCUAAAGAUUGGAGACAAGAGAUUGUUCAAACUAUCGAUACGGAUGUGCUGUCACAGUUACUGACUUCUGGGAAUGUCGACAUGGCUUAUCUUGGGAAUAUUCUGGAGUUUUCCCUUGGGAUUUUGCUGAAACUCUCUGCCCCAGCUAAUGAAGAGGAAAUCAGGAGUACUCACCAUAAAUUAAUGACAGAACUUGGAGAGAUAGUUCCGAGUGAAGGCCAGUCGAAUUCGUCUUAUGCAGUUUUAAUGGUUAAGGGGCUACGCUUUGUUUUGCAGCAGAUUCAGAUUCUGAAGAAGGAAAUCAGCAAAUCUCGUUUGAAACUAUUAGAGCCACUUCUCAAGGGACCUGCAGGUCUGGAAUAUCUGAAGAAGUCAUUUUCCAGUCGCCAUGGUUCCCCUGAACAAGCGUCUUCCUUUCUACCAUUGACAAAGCGUUGGCUCUUUAGUGUUAGAGGAGACGCAGAGAAGGAGUGGAAAGAACACACAGAUGCUCUUUCUGUUGUCACAAAUAAUAACCUCUCUGGAUCAUCAGGCCUCCCUUCGACCACCAUGCGUACCGGAGGCAAUGUUCCCUCUGUUUCAAAAGUCAAUACCCCUUCGUCUUCAUUUCCAGGAAUUGAACUAUCAGAGUGUAAAGGAGAAACUGUGGAUCUUCUUAUUCGUCUUGGCCUGUUGAAAAUGGUGAGCGAAAUUGGUGGUCUCACUUUAGAAACUGUCCCUGAAACAUUUCAACUUAACCUCUCUAGGCUGAGAGCUAUUCAAUCCCAAAUCCAGAAAAUCAUUCUUGUCUCCAUCAGUGUGUUGAUCCUUCAGCAAACACUCGUAAGAGAAAACUCAUUCCCUACGAACAUGGAGACCAUUACAUGGACUUGCAUUAACCGGCUCUACGAGAUGUUAGAUGCAAAACCUGAUGCGGGUCUAUCAGAAAUCAUGGAGACACUCUCCGAGCUUCUUGAUUCUGACGAUGAAGCAGAGACGAAGAAACGUGUGAUUGCUAACAUGCUUGUGAAAAGCUUACAAGCAGGAGACGCAGUGUUCACACGUGUGUCACAGACCAUAUACCUAGCUAUAAGAGCCGCUGUUUUGGCAGGGAACAACACGAGGAGAAAGCAGUUGGUGGAAACAAUACUGAGAAGAAUUGGAGCAGCUUCUCUCGCGGACAAGGUGAUUGAGGUUUCAGACGUUUUGGUUCUUGUGGCGAACGUGUCGCGUAAUGUUCAUGGAUCUUGGUACGAAGAGUUGCUGAAGAAGCCGAAUUGAAAGAGAAGUGUGUGAAUCAGUGCGGUUUGUUUAUGGUUUGGUUAAGAUUUUAAAAGAUUGUAGAUAGAGUCGGAGAAUGACACUCAUGUUUGUUGUCAUACUUAUUAGCUGUUGAUCAUAAAACUGUUAGCAUGUAAUGUAAUAAACUAUAUGGACAAAUAUGUCUUUUUUAUGGACACAUUUGAAGUUUUCUGUUAUUAAAUGGUAUGAUUUGUUUUUUCUUUUUAUGUCGUCUUGUUAUAUAUAAAUAUUUUACGUAGUCAUUGAAAAGAUUAUGAGAAAUUCCUUUAGAUACACUUAAUCAAAGUGUAUUUUCCAC